ACGUCUACUGCACGGUCGCUGACACGUGGCCAGCGGGCGUGCAGUACCACUGGAAGCAAAGAAGUACCACUGGAGCUACCACUGGAGGCUGAAAUCUCAUGUCCGCACGCAACUCCGGUCGAUAGAAGCAAAGAACUACCACUGGAGGCCCGCCGCCGCUUUUCUUCCUCCCACAGCUUAGCUAGGCCGUAGAGAUCCCAUCCCGUCUGCUUUCUUUCUUUCUUUGGGCAUGGGGAUUACGGGGAUGGGGGAGCAGGAGGAGGAGGAGGAGGGUGUGGACUUCUUGGAGUGGCUGGGGCUGGACACCUCCGCCAUCGUCUUCACGCUGCUCCAACAUCCCGCCGACCUUGCCCGCGCCUCUGCCGUCUCGCGCUCAUGGCGCACCUUCGUCAUCGCAAAUCAGUUCAGCAAGAUACAGUGCCUGCGAGUCUGUCCUGAGGUCUCCAACUUCACCAGCAUUCAAGCAAGCAAUUCAGGUAGUGAUGAUAUAAAGGAAGAUAUCGGAUCAAGUGCUGCUGCUGAGAGGGAGAACCAGAAGGGAGAUCACAGGGUCUAUAUGCAUCUUAGUCAUGACCUUCUCUCACCUUACAAUAGCAAGGAUUGCACCAUUCGCUGCAUAGGUGCAUCGAGCACAGACAAUUUUCCAGGAGAGAGCAUACAAAAUACCCUUGAACUGAUUGAUCAUGUGGAAAUGAGGCCGUCUUAUUGGUCCAGUGCAGGCCAAAGUGAUCCUAGUGUCCCAGAAUGCCUGAUAUACAUGCUUCACUCAGAUCUUUGCCUCAUUGAUGAAAUCAAGAUACAGCCAUUCAAAGCAUUUUUCCAGUACGGCAACCCAAUCUAUUCAGCACAGUACGUUAGGUUCUGGAUGGGUUAUCCAAAGUCGCCUCUACGUCCUGAACAACUUGUAUCCGAUGAGAACGAAGGGCAGCUGACUGCUGAUGACAACUAUAUCUGGACUUACACAUCUCCAGAAUUCCCAAUGUUGCAGGAAAACGUUUUGCAAUCUUUUAAGCUACCACACGCGGUUCUAUGCAUUGGUGGGGUGGUGAAGGUUGAACUUCUCGGGAGGAUUCAAGAACAGGCGUUGGAUGGUCUGUACUACAUAUGUGUGUCCAAUGUCCAAAUAUUAGGGAAUCCACUAUCGCGAGAGCUAGCGGUGUCUCCUUGCCAGAAUGGUGUAGUCCUGAAGUACCAUCCGGAACCUCGUAGAAGUAGUGUGUGUCGUAGUGACUUGUCGGCAGAUGAUGGUGGCAGCCCCGCGAAAUGGCAUGACUUUGCAACAAGAAUCUGGCAGUCUUUCAGGACGAGGAAUUGAGUGAAACCAGGCACUGCUGAGCAGGCUGCUGUUUGGCCCUCCGAUGUAGUUUGUGAAUGUCACGUCUGGUUUUUAAGAGAAUAAAUUAGAUGUAUUUCACAUGUUUGUUAGCAUCAAAUUUUUUAUA